AAUUGAUCAACUGGCACCAAUCGAAGCGGCGAUCGGCUGUGGAUCGAUCCGCUCGAUUCUGCGCAGGCGCGGUUUGCCCCCAACGAGCCUCCGGUUAGUUGUUAACAAGAGACGCGCUGCGGACACCAUGAGCGGAUAUGAUCAGCAGCAGCGGACUCAAAGUGUGCGUCUGGAGGACAAAGUGCGGAUGAAACGCCUCCAUGAGCCGCAGGACGUUGUUCUGAAGCAAACCGCCGAUGUUCAGCAGAAAAAAGAGGUUUCCCAUCAAUGGAGCUCCAGUCUGGACCAGCAGGACCCAGAACUCCUCCACAUAAAGGAGGAAGAGGAGGAACCGUGGAGCAGUGAGGAGGGAGAGCAGCUUAAUGGACAGGAGGAGACUGAUAUCAGCAGGGUCUCAUUCACUGCUGUUCCUGUGAAGAGCGAUGGUGAAGAGAAAUGUCAGUCCUCACAGCUUCAUGAGAGCCGAAGUGAAGACGACAGAGAGGCAACCAGCAGCUCAGCUACACGGACGAAGGCAGAAACUGAUGGAGAGGACAACACUCAUUCACAACCAAGUACUGAGGAAAAAGCUUUAGACUCAUUUGAGGCUGAAGUGAGUGAUGAGGAUGACGUAGAGGAGGAGGAAGAAGAAGAGGAUGAGGAUUGGCAGGAACCUUUUUCAGAUUUCGGACCUGAGAGUGAAGACAGUGACACUGAUUGGAAGGAGGUCAGGACUCCAGAGUCGGGUGUAAAUAGUGAUGUGGAAUGUGACGCUGACAAAAAGUCCUUUAUCUGCUCUGACUGCGGGAAACAGUUUCUCCACAAACGUUCUCUUCGGAGACACAUCCUCCAGUCUUCCAGCUGUUCACUUAAUAACCAGUGUUUUGAGGUGAAGGAAACUUCACAGGCGAGGGUCCACAAAGGAGAGAAACCAUUUGGUUGUGAUGUAUGUGAAAAAAGAUUUAGGAAUCAGUAUAAUCUCAAUAGACACACAAGAGUUCACACAGGAGAGAAACCAUUUGGUUGUGGUGUUUGUAGCAAAAGAUUUUCACAACCAGCGGAUUUGAAAAGACACACAAGAGUCCACACAGGAGAAAAACCAUUUGGUUGUGAUAUUUGUGGUAAAAAAUUCAACCAGAAGAUCCAUAUCAAGAGACACAUGAGAGUUCACACAGGAGAGAAACCAUUUGGCUGUGAUAUUUGUGAUGUCCAGCAGCUGUCAGUGAUUAAAGAAGAAGUUCCCCAUGAAUGGAGCCCCAGUCCGGACCAGCAGAACCCAGAGUCCAUCCACAUAAAAGAGGAACAGGAUGAGGGUGAUAUCAUAAAGGAGGAACAAGUGGAGGUUGAUAACAUAAAGGAGGAACAUGAGGAACUGUGGACCAGUCAGGAUGGAGAGCAGCUUGAUGGGCAGGAGGGGAAUGAUAUCACCCAGUUCCCCUUCACCACUGUUCUUGUGAAGAGCGAAGAUGAUGAUGACCAGCUUCAUCAGAGCCCAACUGAUGACAACAGAGAGGCAGAGCCUGCAGCCACCAGCUCAGCGAAACAGAUGAAAACAGAAACUGAUGAAGAGGACUGUGGAGAACCACAACCAGCCAGGAACCCAGAUCCAAAUACUAAUUUAGAACCAAAUGCUGAAGAAAAAACUCCAGAGUCUUCUGAGACUGAAGUCAGUGAUGAGGAUGGUGAUGAUUAUGAGGAGGUGGAUGAGCGGCAGGAACCUUUGUCAGAUACUGGACCUGAAAACAAAGACUGGGACAAUAGCUGGAAAGAGACCUGGGUCCCCGAGUUAGGUGUAAAUAGUGAAGUGGAUUGUGACACUGACAAAAAAGCCUUUAGCUGCUCUGAGUGUGACAAACAGUUUUGCUACAAGCAGUCCCUUCAAAGACACAUGAAAUUUCAUUCAGGCAAAAGCUCCUCGGGCUCAUUGGUUAACAAGAAAUGCAUUAGAGUGAAGCUAAAUAUACAUUCAAAGAUGAGAGUCCACACAGGAGAGAAACCAUUUGGUUGUAAUGUUUGUGAAAAAAGAUUUAGGAGUCAGUAUAAUCUUAAUAGACACACUAGAGUCCAC